GACCACUAUGUUUUUGCCAUUUUUAUCAAAACCAUGGGUGUGGCCGCCCCAAUGGCCGAGCUUCCUUGGUGAAGCGAAGCAAAACCCUCGCUUUCAAUAAAAAUUCACAGUAUUCACUUCCAGCUAGCUGGCAUCGUCGCCUCGAUCUCUCUCUCUCUCAUAAGUUAUUUAACCCCAAAGCAGUGAAGGCCAUCGAAGACUACGAUAACUGGUUCUCCAUUAUGCCUGGCAGUCAUAGCUAGCAGAUUAAACUAUGGCCCCAGGAAGUAACAAGAGAAAAGGUGGGAACACUGGUGAAGUAUCACAAAAAGCAUCAUCUGAAACAAGAACCUCCAAAGCACUGAAGCCUGAGACAAAAAUUGCAAAGAAAGAUCCAAAUCAGAGCUUGGCCAAAAUAAAAGAAUCUGAAGGAUCUCCAAAGGCUCAAGUACAACCUGAGAAUAAGAAUGAAGACUACAAAAACAAAGAAAAAUAUGUGGCCAAUAGAAAGGAGAAUGGAAAGACACAGGGAAAGGACCAAGGAGACCAAAAUGAUGAAGAGAAGCUUGGUGGGCUGAUAUUCAUGUGCAAUGGAAAAACCAAACCUGAUUGCUUCCGUUACAUGGUCAUGGGUUAUCCACCAAACCAGCAAGAGCUUGUAAAGAGUAUCAAGCUUGGUCUAAAGCUCUUCCUAUAUGAUUUCGAUCUUAAGCUUUUGUAUGGCAUCUAUAGGGCAUCAUCUGCAGGUGGGAUGAAACUUGAGCCAUCUGCUUUUAAUGGGUCCUUCCCUGCACAGGUCCGUUUUGAGGUUCACAUGGAUUGCUUGCCUCUGCCAGAAAGUGUUUUUAAGAAGGCAAUCAAGGACAAUUAUGAAGGCAACAAGAAUAAGUUCAAGAUUCAACUAACUGUCCAGCAAGUGAAGAAGCUCACUGUGUUAUUUCGCCCUUCUCCUAAGCUCCAACCGAAUAUUGAGGUUCAUGCUUGUACUCCACAUCCAGCUCCAGUCCCUGCACCACUGAGGACUACUAGGCCGUCAAUAGAAGCACCUCUGCAUCUGCACCAAGAGACAUUGGCCAAGGGUCCAUAUGGCCUUGAUAAAGCCAGCAGCUACUAUAAUGCACCCCCUUACAAGGAGACUCCACCAAGUGUGUCUAUUGUACAUGAUCUUCUUUCUCGCACUGAAGAGUAUCGAGAAUAUGGUCUCAAGCAAGAUCCCCCAAUGCCUGCUCCUGCUUCCAUGUCAAACUUGUCCCAUGGAACCCAGGAUGCUGCACCACCAAGGUCCUUUAUACCAACCGUAGAAGCUUCGCUGCAUCCAUACCCAGAAACAUUGGCCAGAGGUCCAUAUGCUUUUGAUGAAGCCAGGAGGUAUUAUAUGCCACCUUCACACCUACAGACCUCUUCAGCGUCAAGUGAUUUUGUUCGACAUGAUCCACUUUCUCUGACUGAUGAGUAUCGGACAUAUGGUCUGACGCGACAACUGCCUUCACACAUACAAACCUCCUCAGCACUUGAUGAUUUCGUUCAACAUGAUCCUUGUUCUCUGACUGAGGAGGAGUAUCAGAAAUAUGGUCUGAAGCGAGAACCUCGGAUGCCGGUUCCUGCUUCCUCCAUCUCUGCUCCUUUGACGUUAGACAUGUCCCCUGGAAACAGGGAUCCUAAUUAUCCUUUUGAAACUGUGCCAUGUCAAUCUAGUAGAGCGCUAUAUCAAAAUCCUUUGGAUUAUCAGAUGGAUCUCUUCCAGAAUAGAGUGGAUGAGACAGAGUAUAAUUUGCUGACAGUGGCCGAAGCACCAGUUUCUAAACCAGCAUCUCAUCUUACCCACUUGUAUGGUGUAUCCAGGAGAGGUGAGGUUGAAUAUGGAGAGCGGGUCAUCGAGCCUGAAAGAUUGCAUUCUACUCAUGCGGCAGAUGCUUUCUCAGAUAACAGCCAGAGAUAUCAACAUCUAGAUAGCAGGGCUGAAGUUCAGUUCCUGCCUGUGUCAUCCCGAUACUCCUUUGCUGGCCUUCUUCUUCACACAGAUAAGUCUUCGAGGUAGCCUGAAAUAGGAAGAUCCUGCCAUUUCUUAAAGACUGGAGGCAUUUGGUGCAAUGUCUUAUCACAUGCCAAUGCCAAGCACUCUGCUUAUAGAAUGAUGUAGGUACUGGUACAUGCUCAAAAUGUAGUAUUCUAUACUAAAUCAUGAGAUGACUGAGCCCCCACAUUUGUUCUGUUAGCAAUAUUUAUGGCUGCAAGUUUCUCAUCUGCUGUGUCAGUACUAAAAGUGUGCUUAUAAUUUUUAUUGGGAAUUUUAUCAUUCAGUCUGUUGGCAGAAGUUGCCAGUAUGCUUGUUACAUUUAGUCUGAUCCUGUACUGCAAUUGUCUAAUGGAGUAUGAGUGGUCAGCCAACAUAUUACAUAAAAAUCAAUUAAAAUUGUGCUUAUGGCUUGGAUAUGAAAA